CAUUUAUUUUUUAUCAAUAGCAGCAUAUAUCUUCUAAAAAUUACUGAGUUCGAGUGUUAAUAUGUAUAAAUAAACUUUUAUUUAAUAAUACUAAUUAUUAAAUCUAUAUAAACAAAAAUAUAUAGUUUUGAAGUAUAUCAAACUAUUUUAAUAACAUCCAUUAUGUCAAUGACUCUUAAUACAGAUUAUAAAUUUCCUGAUGGUUUCAUGUUUGGAGCGUCCACUGCUGCUUACCAAAUCGAAGGAGCCUGGAAUGAAGAUGGAAAAGGUGAAAACAUAUGGGAUAGAAUAGCUCAUUUUCAUUCAAAGUUGAUUCAAGAUAGUGAAAAUGGUGAUAUUGCAUGUGACUCUUACCAUAAAUACAAGGAAGACGUAGCGCUUGCAAAAGAUUUAAAUUUGAAUUUUUAUCGGUUUUCAAUUUCAUGGACUCGUAUAGCACCAACCGGAGAAAUGCACAAACUAAAUCCUAAAGGAAUAGAUUAUUACAAUCGUUUAAUUGAUGAACUACUCGCAAACAAUAUUGAACCACUGGUUACGAUGUACCACUGGGAUCUUCCACAGUAUCUUCAAGAUCUUGGAGGUUGGGUUAAUCCAAUAAUGGUCGACUAUUUUAAAGAAUAUGCAAAAGUGCUAUUUUCAAAUUUCGGUGAUAGGGUUAAAUGGUGGAUUACAUUAAAUGAACCAUUGCAAAUGUGUAAAGGAUAUUCAAUUAGUAGUUAUGCACCCUUUUUAAAUUUGAGAAAUACUGGCCAUUAUUUGGCUGGUCACUAUCAACUUUUAGCCCACGGAAAAGUUUAUCGUUUAUAUGAUGAAAUAUUCAGAGAAAAGCAGAAAGGAAAUAUAAGUAUAGCACUUAAUACAGUUUUUUUUUUACCAAAAAAUAAAGAAUCGGAAGAAGACAGAGAGACUGCUGAACGAGCUAAUCAAUUUGAGAGAGGAUGGUUCAGUCACCCAAUUUAUAAGGGUGAUUAUCCACCUGUAAUGAGAGAAUGGGUAGAUAAAAAAUGUAAAAGUGAAGGACGACCAUGGUCUACAUUACCAACUUUUUCUGAAGAAGAGAUUAAAUUACUUAAGGGAACAGCUGAUUUUUAUUCUAUUAAUCAUUAUUCGACUCGAUUAACAACUCAUGGUUAUGAUCAAAAUCCUGUGUUCAACCCAGAUGGAGAAUAUAAAACUUCUAUUGAAAAAUCUUGGCCUGUAUCAGCUGCACCUUGGCUUAUAGUUGCACCAGAAGGCUUAUAUGAACUUCUUGUUUGGAUAAAAAAGGAAUAUGAUAACCCCCCAGUUAUCAUCACAGAAAAUGGAUAUGCUGAUGAUGGUCGAUUAAAUGAUUUGGAAAGAAUUGAUUACAUUAAAAGCCAUUUAAAUGUCACGCUUAAAGCUAUUAAUGAAGACAAGUGUGAUAUCAUAGGCUAUACAAUUUGGUCGUUAUUAGAUAAUUUUGAAUGGACGGACGGUUACAGAUAUCAUUUUGGAAUAGUAAGUGUUGAUUUCAAUAAUCCACGAAGACCACGAGUACCAAAAGCAUCAUAUCAAUAUUUCAAAAAAAUUGUUACUACUAAAAAGUUAAAUGUUUAAUUGGGUAAUCAUUUGUAUAGUGUAUGUCUAACUUUUUUCAAUUAAACAUUUGUUAUGAUUUAAAAUAAUUUUAAACAAAUCAUUAUUUUAAUUUAAAAAAUUGAAAUUAUAAGUAUUAGUUAGUAUAUUACCUCCAAAAAAUUAUGUUCAAUAUGCAUCUUUUUUUGUUGUAGUUGUAACAUUAUUAUAUCUAAAUUUUUCUAAUUAUGUAGUUUGUCUUUAAUUUAAUUGACAAAACAUAUAACUUUUGAUAAAAUUAUCAUUUUGUUCGAUGUUUUUUAAACAUUUAUCAUCUCCUUUGACUACGUUCAAAAAUCGUUUAACAUUAAUAAAAAAAAAAAAAGAAUAACAUUUUUUUAUUUAUUUCAAAA